AUGGCAGCCGAACUCCCAGAAAUGAUUACCAUCGGUAAAGGCAUCACUGUCACCUUCUUGAAGGACGACAAGUAUGAGACACGUAUUUCUGCCUCAGGUGUACCAGGUGACGAGGAGCUUUCCAUUCCUUUACACUGGCACGAAAAGCACGAUGAAUACAUGCUCGUCGUCGAAGGAAAGUUGCAAAUCACUCGCGGAUCAGAAAUCCAAGUGUACGGCCCGGAGGAUGGUGAACAAAAGAUUGAGAGAGGAAUUCCGCAUGCGCUCAAGAGCGUCGGUAAUUGUGUUAUCUUGGAGAGGACAGUUCCUGACGACUCGAUGAAACAACUCUUCUUCAGAAACAUGGCGGCAGACGGCGCUUUGAGUACUAACUUUUUUGACAUCAUGCAUAACUGUUAUCACGGGGACGUAAUCCCUUCGCUUCCGGGAGGUAUCCGUUGGCUCGAGAAAGCUUUCCUGAUAUUGUUCGGAUACUACAUCGCGCCAUUGUUAGGAUAUCGAAGAAAGAUCAAGACGCUCUAG